UUGGAAUAGUCUUUAAUUUUAACUAAUUUAAUUCUAUUUUUUUUCUUACAGAUAACAAUGCGCUUACUCUCAAGUGCAUGUUCAAGGAGGCGCUGGCCAAGGAGGAGAUCAUCGACGUGCUGGUGGAGUUCAUGCUGGGCGACAGUCCCGCCUCCGCACUGGAGAAGCUCCGGCUGGAGGGCAACACGGCCACCGUCUGCGGCAAGGUCUUCAAGAACGGGGAGCCCACCUACAGUUGCCGCGAGUGCGGCGUUGAUCCCACCUGCGUGCUCUGCGUCAACUGCUUCAAGCGUUCGGCGCAUCGCUUCCACAAGUACAAGAUGUCCACCUCCGGCGGCGGCGGCUGCUGCGACUGCGGCGACGACGAGGCCUGGAAGAAGGAUCACUACUGCCAGCUGCAUCUGGCGAAUCGCAAGAAUCCGCUGGAGAGCAAGAUCCUGACCGAGGCUGUGCUGGAGCGGGCGGAGAUCUGCUUCGGGGCGAUCCUCGCCUUCUGCGUCAACUAUCUGGAGAUCGAGCCAAACGCCAGUCUGCAGUGCCUGGAGGGCGGUAACGUGAAGGACGGCCAGCUGGACGGGGCGCAGUUCUGCACGGUGCUCUACAACGACGAGUCGCACACGUUCGACCAGGUGAUCCAGACGCUGACCAAGAUCGCCAAGUGCCGGCACAAGGACGCCAUGGAGAUUGUGGCGGCGAUCGAUCGCGAGGGGCGAGCCGUGGUGAAGUGCGAUACCUUUAAGGAAUGCAACGACCUGAAGACGGCCAUCGAGAACCAGAUGAUACCGCCGAGCGCCCUGCUGUCGAAUCCGCGCAACAACCAGUCGCUGAGGACGUCGGUGCUGCACAUCGGGGCCGUGGCCUGCCAGCAGUUCGCCCUGCAGCUGCUCGGCUGGUUCCAGGAGUUCCUGGUGCGCCACUACCUAUUCCGCAAGACGUUCGCCGAGCUGGUGCAGCGCAAGCAGGAGGCCUUCUGCAUCCGCCACAUCUUGGAGUACGAUGUGAAGCUGUGGAAGACGGCGCGCACCUGCUGGCACCGCCUGCUCAUCUCCGGCAUGCUCAUGGAGUACGACAACAAGAUGGUGCUGGCCCAGGAGUUCUCGCGCCGCUACGCCACCAUUGUGGAGGACUUCAUCAGCGACGACCACGACCACGCCUUCUCGAUCGUUUCGCUCAGCGUGCAGCUGUUCACGGUGCCCAGCAUCGCUCACCAUCUGAUCGCCCACGAGGGCAUCUUCGACAAGCUGCUGCACACGUUCUAUCACGUGGCCAUCGAGAAGUUCAUCCAGAACAAGACGCUGCACUUCAGCAAGAACAUCGCCAGCCUGACCUUCUUCAAGCGGGCCAACUACAUACUGUACGAUCUGCGCUACCUGCUCAGCCUAAAGCCGGAGGUGCUGAGCAACGACCUGCGCAGCGGCUUCCUCGAGGGCUGCCGCGCCCUGAUGCGCGUGCUGAACGUGAUGCAGGGCAUGGAGUCGAUCACCCGGCAGACGGGCCAGCACAUGGACUACGAGCCGGAGUGGGAGUGCGCCUUUAAUCUGCACAUCAAGCUGGCCACGACCAUCUCGCAGGUGAUCGAAUGGGCGGCCGGCGAUGUGAAACUGCUGCGCAAGCUCUACAAGAUGUCGGUGCGGGCGCUGGUGGGCAACAGCUUCAUCGUGGGCGCCGAGAAGGCGGAGGCCCGCAGUGUGGCCGGCCACGUGGCCAGCUGCCUGAUGUACGACGUGUCGGUGAAGCCGGUGUCCAUCCACCUGCCACUCACGCGCUUCUAUGCCGGCAUCUAUCUGCACCUGGGCGCCCACGACAUGACCUACGACAGCCUGCAGACGGAGACGGAGGCCCUAAACAGCAAGCUGACACCCAGGGGGAUCAUCGAGCCCGUUCUGUGCACCCAUGCGAUGAUCGCCCAAGUGGCCGCGGGCAUGUGGCGCCGCAACGGCUACUCGCUGCUGCACCAGCUCUAUUUCUAUCGCAACGUGCGCUGCCGCGUCGAGAUGCUGGACAGGGACAUUGUCUGCCUGCAGAUUGGCGCCUCGCUGAUGGAGAGCAACGAGUUCCUCAUCCAUGUGCUGAACAAGUUCAAUCUGAUUGCCUGGGCGCAUUCCAACUACGAGAGCGUGCUGGCGGAGAAUCCCGUGGACGAUGAGUUCAUGCGACAGCUAUCGAUGAUCGACGAGUUCCUCGAGCUCCUGAUCGUGAUCAUCGGCGAGCGCUGGAUGCCGGGCGUUUCGAUUGUAACGGAGGAGGACCGUCUGCGCAAGGAGAUCAUCCAGCUGUUGUGCACCAAGUCCUAUUCGCACUCGGAGCUCAGUCGCGCUCUGCCAGAUGGCAAUGGCGGGAACAGCGACAACAUCUUCGAGGACGUCAUCAACACGGUGGCCGUGUUCAAGAAGCCCGUUGGAGUCGACAGCAAGGGCGUGUACGAGCUGAAGGAGCACCUGUUCGAGGAGUUCAACGUGUACUUCUAUCACUACACCAAGGAGGACAAGUCCAAGGCCGAGGAGCUGCAGCGCGAGCGUCGCAAGGCCAAGAAGCAGCUCGUCUGCUGUCCUCCGCCGAUGCUGCCGCAGCUAACGCCAGCCUUUAAAUCCAUGGCCAACAUCCUGCAGUGCAACGUGUUCCUCAGCAUCUGCACCUUGGUAAUGGACCGGGCAUUGGAUGCGCGCAGUCGCUCCUUCACCGAAUCGCAUCUCCAGAAGGUGCUCCAUCUGCUGGGUUUCGCCAUUCAGGAGGAGCUCAGUGAGCACUACCCCUUCCUGAGCUUUUACGAGCGUUCGCCCAAGUAUGGAAUCCUGGAGAAGCUGGAGGAACUGGCCCGCUGUCCCAGGCUGGAGGCUCAUCGCGACUUUGUGCUGUGGACCAUUAAGCGGUACAAGGAGCUGCAGGCCAAGCAGGCGCCCAGCGAUGGCGGUGCUGGGCCGAGUUGCUCUAAACAGAGCGCCGGGGAGGAGCAGCCGCUGAGCUCCGAGGAGCAGGCGAGCCAGGAGAAGAAGCUGCGCGCCCGCAUGGUGGCCGAGAGUCGGGCCAAGAUCAUGGCCCAGAUGAAGAGUGCCCAAAAGUCGUUCAUGAAGAACCAUGCGGAGAUGUUUUCGGCCAGCGACAAGGAGAGUGCGGGCGAGGACUCGUCGACGGCCACGGGCGCCAUGGAGUGGGAGGACAUACCGGCCGAGGCGAACGUGGAGGACGAGGAGGAGCAGGGAGCUGUGGCCCUCAAGCAGAACGUGGCCUGUCUGGGGCCCGAGCGCAAGUUCUACACGGGCAGCGACAACAACUUCAAGUGCAUCCUGUGCUUCGAGAACUGUGCCAUCAGCCGCAGCGGUCCGCCGCUGGUCAGCUCCGCUUUCGUCCAGACCUCGAGGGUGAUCUUCACCACGCCCCAAAUGCGCGCCAGCCCCAGUGCCCUGCACAUGAGCUGCUGCGGCCACGUGAUGCACUACAGCUGCUGGCAGGAGUACUACAGCAACGAGGAGUCCAAGGAGCAGCGUCGUCCGCACCGCAACCGCGUGGCCCUCAGUCCGGCGCACAACGUCGAGUUCCACUGUCCCUAUUGCCGCACCCUGAGCAACACCGUGCUCCCGGUGACCGAGGCGCUGCCCGCCUUCUCGUCCUCGUCCACACCAAACACAACCCCUUUGGCCACCGAUAGCUAUCUGCCGUUGGACAGCUUCGCGGAGAUCAUGCGCACACAGGCCAGCGAGCUGGCCGCCAUGAAGUUGGUCGAAUUGAAGACGCUGCCGAGUGUGACCACCAUCCUGCGCAAGUCCGGCGUUGUGGCGGACAUGGCGCAGUUCGAGCGGAGCGUCCAGCUGAUCCCCAAUCCCCCCGAGUUGCAUUCCAACUACAGCGACGUAAUGGCCUUCCUCAGCAAGGCCCUGCUGAAUGCCACGCAGAGUCAGCAGCCGCACCCGAAGGACCAUCCGGCUGGCACGCCCCUGGACACGGACAGCAUCGAAACGGUGCCCAUGCUGUGGGACACCUGCAGCUACACGAUGCAGUCCCUCGAGAUCUACCUGUUCGAGACACAGAAGCCGCUGAAGGCCGAGCUGCCGAUGCGCCACCAGAGCUGUGCCAUCAACCUGGUGCGCGCCUGCUCGCGCUUCUCAGCCUCGCCCUCGCUCUGGACGAACGAGUGGCAGACGGAGUUUGCCGCCCGACUGCUGGACACCGUGUUCAACCAGAAGGGCACCAGUGUGCUGGAGUGGGACUGCUUCCGCGUGCUGGUCUCCUUCCAGUUCGGAGUGCUCAAUCUGAUGGCCGGCGAGAGUGGCCCGCUAACCGUCAUACCCAGCGGCAGCAUGUUCGACUUCUACAUCCUCCAGACCAUGUUCCUGGCCCACCUGACCAAGGCGGUGCUCUGCUUCGAUGCGGACAAGGAGCAGGCCAAACGGACGGCAGAGACGCCGCAUGCCGAGCUAACGCAACUGGGCUAUGUGGAGCAGCUGCCGACGAGGAUCCGGGACAACAUGGUGGCCUUCUAUCGCCGCUACAACAUCCCGGCCAGGGUGCUGCAGAGGAACACGCAGCAGCAGCUGGCGGAGGAGCGCAAGGAUGAGGAGCAGGGCCAGGGCCAGGGACAGGGACAGGAGCAAACAGUGGUGAUACCAUGCGAACCGCACCAUUUGGCACUGCUGCUCGAGUACGUGCAGCGUCAGAUGAGCUCGUUCCUGCGCUGCGCCUGCCUCUUCUAUCGCUGCCUCACCGACGUCGACUUCCCGGACACGUUUCCCACUGAUCAGCCGGACCGCUUCGAGCUGAUGUGCCAGUACCUGGGCCUGGACCCCCAGCUGGGCGUGUAUUUCGACAUGGAAACGGUGUACGCCACGAUGAUGCACUCGUUUGCCUCGCAUCCGCACAUUGGCCGCGAGGUGGAGGAGCGCUGCCAGCCGGACACGGCCCGAUCCCUGCAGGUGGAGCCGUGCCUGCGCCCGCUGCCGCGCCUCAUACCGCUGUACGACGACUACAGCGAUCUGAUCAACAGCGUGUCGGACAUCUUCUGUCCGAACAACGAGCGCGAGGAGAUGAAGACGCCGACGAUGUGUCUGAUCUGCGGCUCCAUCCUGUGCGGCCAGUCGUACUGCUGCCAGCCAGAGCUGGGCAAGUUGAUGGUGGGCGCGUGCACGCACCAUGCCCACGCCUGCGGCGCCGAGGUGGGCAUCUUUCUGCGCAUCCGCGACUGCCAGGUGGUGUAUCUGGGGCGCGGCAAGGGCUGCUUUGCCCAGCCGCCGUACCUGGACGAGUACGGCGAGACGGAUCAGGGCCUGCGGCGGGGCAAUCCGCUCAGGCUCUGCCAGGCGGCCUACAGCCGCAUCUUUCUGCAAUGGCUGGGCCAUGGGCUGCACGAGGAGAUCGCCCGGCUGAAUGACAACACCAAUGUGGCGGUGAUGCAGUGGCAUCACAUGUAGUCCGCAGACACAGAGGAGGGAGCUGGAGCUGGAUCUGGAGCUGGAGCUGAAGCUGGAGUCGGCAGUCAAUGUGAUUAUUACAUACUAACAUUAGGAGAGCCUAUUUAUACGUCUAAGCAUUUUACUACUUAUCCGUUUUGGAGAAGCGCCCACUACUCAUCCAUCCAACAGCACCACCACCACCCUGCAACCACACCCACCACCCACCACAGUCCGGCACCAAACACCACCUACCACACGCCCCCAUGCAAUCCCGUCCUGCGGCCCUAAUCCCUAAUCCACAAUAACGAUGUAACGAUGAUUGCAUCAUUUUCUUCCUAUCAAUAAUCGAUUGUAAUAUUAUUAUGAUUUUUUUUUGAGCUAACAUUAGAUAACUUGUUGAUAGUUUGAGCGGCCGAGUGCCCUCCUCUAGUUAUAUAUAUAUAUAUACAAUAUACAUAUGCUAAAAUAUAUAACGUCUAGGUUAGACUUUUGCCAGCACUAUAAAUGUCGCAGCAUCUAAAGGAAGAAAGAAAAGUUCGUUCAAAUAAAGGCAAAAAAUAUGUAUGUCCUGCUCUCGCUCUCUCUCCCUCAGUCACUCGCUAUCUCUCUCUCACUCACUAUCCGUCUCACGGCCCACUCGAUGUAUAUAUAUAGUACCGAUCUUUGAGUGCCGAUCGUUUGGCGUUUGUUGAUUUGUAUAUUUAGUUAGUGUAAAAAUAUUGAUACCGAUUAAGUGUAUGUCCAAAAUUUGUUAACCCAUCCCCCCCAAAAAAAAUUCGUAGUCGCCCUCCCAAUCCACCCAACACCCACCUCCCACUCGACCCACCCCUCCCCCCCACACACAAACACACACACACUCGUCCCGCCCUCUCACCCAGAUUCCCGCUUUUGUACCACAUCUCACUUUAACCGAAGGAACACUAAAAUUAGUCAAAUCAUGUCAUGUUUACUUGAUCAAUAUACUUAACACCCUAUACGACUAUAUAUUUACAUACAUAAUAACAAGCGUAUAUAAUAUAGAUACACAAUAACACGCAUAUUUCUUUUUAUGUAUUGUACAACAAACAACAAAAUCGACUAUGUAUGUGAAGUUCAAGCAAAAAGAAAAAUGUUCUCGAGAAAAAUAAUUCUUUAAAAUAACAGCCUGAUAAAACAGCAACAAAAAAGAAACAACAGAAAUAAAAUGCAAAGUUUGCAAAAUUUUAGUGAUAUUCAAA